AUGGCGGCAAAGUUUGAGCGCAAGCAUGUCUCGAAGCUCGUCCCUGCGGAUCACAGGAUCCUCAUGCCUUUACUUUUGGCAGUGACUAUUGUCAACUCAGCGACGUUGGGCUACGACUCGUCAGUGAUGAACGGACUCCUCAUUCUCCCCUCCUACUCGGAAUACUUCCAUCUGAACACGGCAACCGAAGGCCUCAACAACGCGGCCAUGUGGAUGGGAGGCAUCAUCGGUUCCUACCUCAUGCAACCAGUACCCGACUACCUAGGCCGCCGCCGAGCCAUCUACGUCGCCUCCCUCGUCUCCAUCAUCGGCAUCAUCCUCCAAGCGGCCGCCCAAAACGUCGCCAUGUUCGUCAUCGCCCGCAUCAUCGUCGGCAUCGGCUCUGCCAUCAGCAACGGCGCAGCCCCCACCCUUCUGGGCGAACUGCUCCCGCCCCGAAACCGCGCCCGCGUCCUCGGCCUCUUCUUCUCCUGCUUCUACGUCGGCAGCCUGACGUCUGCGAUUGUAAACUACGGGAGCCAGAAUAUUGCGAGUACGUGGGCGUGGCGGUUGCCGUCUUUGCUGCAGUUUGUGCCAAGUUUGCUGGCUGCGGCGAUUGUGCCGUUUGUGCCUGAGUCGCCGCGGUGGUUGAUUGCGCGGGAGCGGGAUGAGGAGGCGUUGGAGGUGUUGGUGAUUAUGCAGGGUGAACGGAAUACGAAUGUGCAAGAUGGAAGUCGACAGUUGAUGGAGAUUCGGGCGACGAUUCGCGCAGAGGCGAAGCAGUUUCCACGCAAUCCGUGGCGGGAAAUUGUUUCGACAAAGGCGAACAGAAGGCGUUUGGCCAUUCUGUGUACGUUUGGGCCCAUGAUUAAUAUGUUUGGAAACUUCAUCAUCUCGUUCUACCUGGGCAAAAUCCUGACGCAGGCUGGCAUCACCAAAACACAAACUCAGACACAAGUCCAAGUCAUCAUAAACUGCUGGUCCUUUGCCGUCGCCGUCCUCGGCAGCUUCAUGCUCGACGUUCUCGGCCGCAGGAUGCAGACCUUUAUCGGGGUAGGCGGCAUGGUCGUCACACUCCUGAUGAUUGGCGGUCUCAUCAAAACGUACGGCGAAAGCACAAACACAUCGGGAAUUUACGGUACUAUUGCCGUCAUCUUUUUGUUCCAGGGGUUCUAUGCCUUCUCCAUCACGCCCAUGACUAGUCUGUAUCCGACAGAGGUCUCGCAGUUCAAGUUACGCGCAACGGGCAUCGCCAUCUUUCGCAUGCUUGACUCUGGCUUUGGCCUCCUCGCCUCCUUCGCCAUGGCCUACGCCAUGCAGAACCUCGGCUGGAAAUUCUACUUCAUCAAUGCGGCCUGGAACUUUGUCUUCCUCAUCAUUGCCUACUUUACGUUUGUGGAGACCAAGGGGCUUACGCUCGAGGAGAUUAAUGGCAAGUUUGAGGGAGAGGGGAGUGGGGUUAUUACGGGGGUGGAGGAGGAGCGGGAGGAGCGGGAUAGUGGGUCUGUGGGGGGGAAGCGGGAUGGGGUUGUUGAGCAGACGGUGGAGGUUAGGUAG